UUUACGAAAUCAAUUUUGCAAAAUGGAGGGAUUAUAAACCAAAAUCUGGCAAAUCAAAAUCACAUACAGACAUACACAGUAACACAAAUACACUUAUUUCUUGAUUCAUCCACGAUCCACCCAAAAAUCUAGAAAUAUUCAAUAAAUGGAAAUUUGGAUAUAAUUUAGUCAAUUUUUUCAUCAAUAAAACAUUAGGAAGUAAGGAAGAAAUGGGUGAAUCAAAACCCAUGUUUAAAAUCGAGCAAAGAGUUCAUUCAAUUGGGGAUACUCGAAGAAUUGGAACGGUGAAGUAUGUUGGAGCAGUACAAGGUUAUUCUGGGGACUGGGUUGGUGUUGAUUGGGAUAAUGGAGAUGGUAAAAAUGAUGGUUCUAUUAAUGGAGUUCGAUAUUUUCAAGCUAAAUUGGAGAAAUCAGCAUCUUUUGUUCGACCCCAUCUUCUGUCUACUGGUAUUACAUUGUUGGAAGCUCUUAUGAUUCGAUAUCGAGGCGAAACCACCAAGGAAGAGGAAGAUGAAAUGUAUGUCCUUUCAGCAAGCAACAAAAAAGUUUCUAUUGAACUUGUCGGGAAAGACAAAAUUCAAAAUAAGCUAAGUCAAUUUGAAGAGCUAUGCGGUGCCUCAUUAGCUUAUCUUGGGGUUAGCUCCGCUGGACCUCCAUCUCAAGUUAGUUCAAUUGUACCCAACCUGAAGGAGCUUGAUUUAACUGGAAACCUGCUUUCAGACUGGAAGGAUAUUGCCGCUGUCUGUCAAGAGCUACCACUUCUUUCAGCAUUAAAUUUGUCAAACAAUAUGAUGUCGCAGGAUGUGACAUGCCUACCGAUGCUAAGAAACAUCCGUGUUUUGGUGCUGAAUUAUAGUGGUAUAAAAUGGACACAGGUUGAGUUGCUCAAAGAAUUCUUACCAUCUAUAGAAGAAUUACAUCUGAUGGGGAAUAAAAUCAGUGAAAUUAAGCCCACGUCAGCCACUGCUCAAAGUUUUGGUUCUCUGCGCAUAUUGAAUUUGGAAGAAAAUUGUAUAUCUGAGUGGGGUGAGGUUUUGAAGUUAUCAGAGCUAACUAGUUUAGAGCAGCUUCAUUUAAGCAAGAAUAACAUAAGCAAAGUAUUUUACCCAUUUACCAACUCUAUGGAUAAAUCCACCCACAUUGAAGCCUUUCAAAAUUUGCGUUGCCUUCUCUUAGGUGCUAACUGCAUUUCAGAUCUAGAUUCUGUAGAUUCAAUAAAUUCUUUCCCAAGCCUAACAGAUGUUAGGCUCUCUGAGAAUCCCAUUGCUGAUCCAGGACGAGGUGGAAUACCCAGGUUUGCUCUGAUUGCCCGAUUAGCAAAAGUUGAAGUACUAAAUGGAAGUGAGGUGAGCUAUCGUGAAAGAAAAGAGUCUGAGAUCCGGUAUGUACGCUUAGUUAUGUCAAAGCUGCAUGAUAAUCAAGAGGAAAUUAAGCGUUCCCACCCCCGCUUUCAUGAACUCAAACGUUUGCAUGGUUUAGAAGAUGAAAGGCCAUCAAAUGGAGCAAAAGGACCUCAAAAAAUGAGCUCUGGACUUCUUACUAUCACUCUGAAGUGUGUUGGGGCAUCAAUGGGAGAGAAGCCACUGUUGACUAAAAAGUUGCCAGCUACAACUACUGUUGGCAAGCUGAAAAUUCUUUGUGAGACAUUCUUCAAGUUGAAAUCCAUCAAGUUAAAGCUGUUUUUGCAAGAAGAGGGAUCACCAUUACCAAUACUUCUUGAUAAUGAAAUGGAUUCCUUGCUUGAUGUUGGAGUUGGAAAUGAAUCAAUCAUUCUUGUUGAUGAAGAUGCAUAGCAUGUUAAAGAAACUGCAAUGGAGGUUUUGUUUCUGACAGAUUGAACACUAUUCAUAUGGACCUGAGCGGCUGAGCCACAAUACUGAUGUGGGGGAGCAAGUCCCUUUUUUAGAGUGUGAGCUAUGCACUCAGUUCUCCUGCAACUUUGGGAGAGUGGCCAAGUUAGCUUGAUCAGAUGUGCCAUGGGAGGCACUCUCCAGUUUGCUUAUUGAGAUCAGACCAAAUGCAGGAAGAACUGAUAUGUGAACAUGAUAUCUGUAUGUGUUACUUGGUGAUUAAUACUUGUACUACAGGCUGAACCUAUUACAGGGUUUGUAACGCUUGAUUCAUGGCUCCCUAUCCUGUCAAUGUUGCAGUUAGAUACGAGUAUAAUUAUAAAUCUCUACUUCCCGAUUUGUUGUUGCUUCACAAUCGGGUACUGGUUUGAAAUGGUACAAUGGUUGUGAAGAGUCCAACUGAUACAUAAUUUGAACUAGAAAUGAGAGUAAAAUAGAGUAUUUUCGA